AGCUGUCAUUCUUCUAUCAUCACCUGAACCCUUACACACAGUGACCAUCACCUACCUGACAGACUCUGGUCCCAGGUCACCAUGAUGAACCUGACACGCAACCAGUGUCUGGAGUCAGUGGCCAAGGGCAAUGUUAACAUUAUUCUACUGCAUUACAAUCAAACUGGACGACUAAAUGGCCGACCAAGGACGGGUGUCAGUUUCCUGACCAUACUCUUCAUUUUCAUCAGCAUUCUCAUCAUUUUUGAAAAUCUCAUGGUGCUGCUGGCCUUGCUCAGAUUUCUGCGCUUAAAACGGUGGGUUCAUUGCUGUCUAGCCAACAUUGCAUUCAGCGAUCUUCUGGCUGGCAUUUCAUACCUAAUUAACAUCUGCCUCUCAGGACCCACUACGUUCCGGCUGACUCCGCAACUUUGGUUUCUAAGGGAGGGUCUCCUUUUUACCACUCUAGCCGCCUCCACCUUUAGCUUAUUGAUAACUGCUGUGGAGCGGUACAGUACCAUGGUGAUUUCAAUGGCAGAGCGGCAACCUGACAAGCUAAUUCGAGUCCAAGGACUGAUCAUCUUAAGCUGGGUAUUAGCUGCUGCAGUUGGGUUCUUACCUUUGCUUGGAUGGAACUGCCUAUGCCACAUCGAAGAUUGCUCCAGCCUUCUUCCUCUUUAUUCUAGGAACUAUAUUGUAUUUAGUCUUGGACUCUUAGGUAUUACUCUGCUUGGUAUAAUUGGCUUUUACUGCACUAUAUAUUACUUUGUGUGUACAAGUGCAAAACGUGUAACAGCCACCCACCAGAGUCGACGUGCCUUCCACUUGCUUCAAACCGUUCUCAUCAUUUUGGGCUGUUUUGUCAUUUGCUGGAGCCCACUUUUUCUCUUCCUUUUGGUGGAUUCUGCAUGUACUCCUCCUUCUUGCAAAUCUCCCCUGGGACUUGAGUGGGUUCUGGCUUUAGCAGUUUUGAAUUCAGCUUUUAACCCACUUAUUUAUUCACUGAGGAGCUCAGAGGUCCGCAGGGCAAUAUUUGCACUCCUAUGGUGUGCCUGCAGUUGGGCAGGAAUGAAACCACCUGCAUGCUGCCAGCAAGUCACAGAAAUCACUUCAGGUUCUUCAAAUGAGAGUUCAAUUAAGCGAAGAAGCAGCGCACGCCUUUCACGAAACUUUAGCUUUAGGAGUCCUGUCACCAGUGUUUCAAGUGUGCCCAGUCAGUGAGCAGGUUUUUUUUUAUUUAAAUCAAUCAGAAUCCUUUUUUUUUACUAUUAACAUAUGCCUGAGAGGCCUUAAUAGUAAAGUAUGACCUCGGCAGUCUAAAAUGUGACAAUGGACAAUGUAUCUGAUCAGUCAUUCACAAAAUGUUUAAUGUGUUUUAGCUAGCACAAUUGUAAGAAAUGUGACAGUACAUCCAGGGGCGGACUGACCAUUCGGGCACUGCCCGAGGGCCCCAUGCCA